AACGUCAAACCGGAGAGGGCGAGCUAAACAGAGGUCUGUAUGGUUUGUGAAGACUUUCUUGGGCAGGCAGGACCUGCACUGUCACCCGCCCUGUGAGCAAUGUUAAAUAGACAGGCGAAAAAACACAGAUUUCUUCACCAUGGCUUCAUUAUUGGAACGGUUGGUUUUCCUACAAAAAGUGCCAACACUUAUGCGAGCAACAUCAGAUGACGAAUCGCCCUGUCCCGGCUAUCUCUUUGAGGAAAUCGGCAAAAUUUCCCACGAGUCAGUGGGCUGCUGCCAGUGUCUUCUUGAGUACCUCUUGGAGAGACUACAGGUGGAGUCCUGCCAUGUCAAACUUAAGGUCCUGAAGAUUCUUCUGCAUUUAUGUGGCCAUGGACCACCUCACUUCCUCACAGAGCUACGGCGGAAUGCUACAUUUAUACAAGAAGUAAUUGGGUACAGUGGCCCCCCGGACCCCAUCCAUGGAAAUGCUCUCUUUCAGAAAGUCAGAAGCUCGGCUCAGGAGUUGGCUACCCUACUCUUUAAUGAUACCAUGUCCCCAGAUUCUGGAUUGUCUCCACACAAAACAGUGACACAAUCUGUGGGAAUGGGUUCGGAGUCGCUCAGGUCUGGCAUGCAGGGGUUCGGAUACAGCCCAGGAAGGAAAGAAUCCAGUGGAGGGACUCUGUUGGACAAGAUUCAGAAAGCUGCCGAAGUGGUUGCCAGCGCUGUUCUUCCUCCAACAGAGCAUCCUGGCAUCCGUCUCCAUGAUAACCACUACCACGCUGUGGUGGCACCCUCUGCUACUGUGGAGAUGGCAGUGCCAGCAUGUGCCUACAACAUCCAAUCCCAUGGCCACAGAGCAUCUCACAGAUGCCCAGGGCAGGCUGGUGGAGGUUGGGAGGAAACAGACAGUGGGCACAGCUCCUCACACAACUCAUCCCAGGAGGCUGCAGAAGCCAGCCAGACCUCACUGGGAGGAAGCAGUAAGUCGGGUGGCUCGGGCAGCCACUCCGGGGCGAGUCGGGAGAGCGGUGACCUAUCAGAGCGUGUGGAGGCCAUUCAGUUGGGGGACUGUGGUCAGGAGACGGCACUUAUCAACAGACUGACCAGCGGUUCCAAAGUCUUCCUGUGCAGAGAAGAGAGCCAGCGUUUUAUCAAAGAAUGCUCCACUCUCAACUGUGAGGUGGUCGUUGAACUUCUGUCUCGCAAACUCCAGGACCACACACAAAUCAUCCAGAUGAGGGCGUUGUGUGCUCUGGCCUGCCUGAUGUCUUCAGAUUUCCUCUCUUUAGACCAUAUUUUCAAUAUCACAAACAAACGCCUUGCCCAACUUAGCGAAGGAACCACAGGCCCCGUCGCCAACAAGGCAACCAAGCUCUUAAGGCAAUUUGAGGCCUUGCUUGGUAGUGUCACAAAUUCCAAAUGUGACCGGGCUGGACGUCCAACCUCUGCCAGCUCUUCGCUUUCAGAUCAGCCUCCUGAAUCUAUAAUCGUCCCCUUUGUUCCGGGGCACCUAGGAGAAAACACAACCUCUGUUAUCCCAUCAGAGAAGACCUCAUCUACACAACACCUUCAGGGUAACAGCUCUGUACCUGAGUCUCAUAUGAAAAGAGAACAAGAAGAGCUGGAGUACAGGAACACAGAAACCUCUAAGAUCUCAGAGCCACCCAGACUGUCACUCUUCAGUGGAAUGGAGUUAGUAAACAGAAGCAAACCUGUGUGUUUGGUUGAGCCUGUUCCUGUCGAGUCAGACGCCCAGAUAAGUGUAGAAGCCACUACAGGCACAGACUGUGCAAUUGAGAAAAGCUGUGAGAAAACUGCAGGCUCACACACAUCUAGUGAGCAAGUGUCUGUGUUCUCCUUCCUCAAUCUGUGAUGCUAACAUUCAUUUACGGUUAUGUGUUGAUUUGGGGGGAAAAUAACUUCAUUCUAAUCUAAUAAUGAUAUAAUAAUUGCAACAAAUGUGACCACGUUUACAUGCACAUGAACAUUUUAGCCUGCGGUAACCUGAUUUGUUGUCAUUACAAUUCAGAAUUUCUAAAAUUUCCAGUAUUUCCACCACGGAAAAGCAGGUAAAAAACAUGCAUGUCUAAGUUUAUAUGCUGAUUACAUGUAUACAGGAAUAUUCCAGCUGCUGUGAAGGAUUUUUUGAUCAUAAAUUAUUUUGCAUGUAAAUGUGGUCAGUCUUAACUAGUACUUAUGAAGGUAACAUCCACCUGCAAUUGCAAACAUACUCUUUACAUACUGUCUUAAUGUUGCUAGUGGUUCACAUUAAGAGUUCAAGCUAGGAACAAAUCAAGUCUCGACGAUCAGUAACGGUACAUUUCUUCAGCUCCUUCUGAAUUCAUGAAGAUACAUUUGAGAAAACUCAGGAUGCUUUUCUGUUGUGGUGUUAAACACAAGUGUUACUGCAAUGGUUGCUACUUUUUGCACUACAGUCUUUCCUCUUACUAAAAGCACCUAUGUCUUCCUGUGUGUAUUAUAAAAUAAGAACAAACAUUAACACCCAUUUUGAGUUUAAUCAAAAUGCAUCCUAUCAAAAUGCAUCCUGCCAAAACAAUGUCUAUCUUAUGUGCAAAUUUAUAAAGAACUGUCUUAUGUGAAAGUGUAUUUAAACGUAUAAAAUUAAAGGCAGGCAUUAUAAAAGACAGGUUUGAAUAAGAAAAAUGUCCAUUCAGAGCCUGGAAUAGAAAUAAAAAAUGAAUACAUAUAUUUAAAAAAAAAAAACUUUAUUUUUAUUUACACCAGCAGAACAUUUAAUAAAAUAACAACGAUUUUAAAUAUUGUAUAUAUGCUAGCUAUAUAUUAUGUACAAUCCUACAUACAAAACAAUGGUGACCGCAGGGACAAUUUUCAUCAUCAAAAGCUAAUAUUCUUUCACACAAAGCACAGUGCCUGGGUUGUACAGUAUUGUGCACUGAGUAGUUUAAAGUACAUAAGUAUUUCGUACAUGAUUAGAUCACUUGCUUGAAAUGAUGUAACUGUCCUCAUACAAUCUGUUUGGACUAAGCUUCAAAAUUUUGUCUAAAAUGGACUGAACUAUACUAAAUUUAGGAGUAGGUACUACAAUUCCUGUUUGGUUUAACAUUGUGAAAAGAAUUAAGCCAGCAUGUAUAUUUGACAAACACAGGCUUAAGUGGAUUGUAUGGAUAUUCUAUGGUAAAAUAUUUAGGAUUUUGCAGUGAUGUGAUACUGUAGAGUGCUUCGUUAGGUGCAAGCUAAUUUUAGAUCAUGCCUGGUCUGCCCAUAGAAGACGAGUCCUCGUGUUACACUGAGCACAGUGACUGAUCUGAACUAGUGCAUUUCAACCUCUGGUUAUUGUGAAAUGAAACCAGGAAAUUGUUGUGUGAAUAUCAGACAUGGCUUUCAAUUUGCAGUGACUGGAUUUGCACAAUAAUUCAUUGGUUUACACCUUUAAAUUCAUAGAGAAAGAGUGCAUCAUUAUGUACAUUAACAGACCUGAGUCCAGCAUGCAUUUUCAGAAUUGUCUCUCUACAGUGUGAUGUGCUAAUAUCCAUUUUUUCUAACGUAAAGGUAAAGAGAGACUAUACUAUAUUAAAAAAAAAAAAAAUGUAA